CUAGAAUAUGACAACCACCCAUGCUGUAAAACCUACCCUUACGUAAUAAUACCAAGUAAACGCAAUAAAAUAGUAUUUUAUGGAAACGCCAAUAUCAUACGAGAUUUAGAGUUGUAAUAUAAAUGAGAUGAAGUGCACUACUAGUCUGAAAGGCUCAAUAUUCACUGAAUCAAUAUGCAUUUAUCGACACACACUUGGAUGAGGCCGGAGCCUCUAGAAACUACAUUGAAACGUGCUAGCGAGUUAGGCUACGAAAGUAUCGAGUUAGCUGGUAUACCUGAACAAUAUCCAAUUGAAGAGACAAAAAAGCUACUUGAGAAGUAUAGAUUAAAAUGCUGGGGAACAGUGACUCUGCAAAUGGGUGAUCAUGAUCUCGCCGCCUCUAAACCGGAGCAGAGAAAGAUGACAGUACAAUACAUAAAAGAUGUUAUAGAUAUGGCUGCGGGCUUAGGUGGAAAGAUUACAAGUCUCGUGCCAGUGACGGUCGGUAAGCUUGCACCAACGUCAACACCCGAGAAUGAAUGGAAUUGGGUAGUAGAAGGACUGAAAGAAGUUCACAAGCAUGCAUUGUCUCGUGGAAUAAAAGUUGGUUUGGAACCAUUGAACCGUUUUGAAACAUACUUUUUGAACCGAAUUGAUCAAGCACUUGCUCUAGCCGAUGCAGUUGGUCCAGAAAUGGGGAUCGCAUUAGAUCCGUUUCAUUUAAAUAUUGAAGAAGCCAAUAUGUUCUCAGCUAUAAAGUCUGCUGGCAAAAGAAUUUAUGACGUUCAUGUUUCAGAUAACAACAGACUUCCUAUCGGAGACGGUAGCAUGGAUUGGAAGAGAAUAUAUGAGUUAUUGAAAGAAAUAGGAUAUGAUGGAGGAUUAGCUGUUGAAUUCAUGCCCAAUAUUGACAGAACUCCAGUUAAUCACACUCAGCAACUUGAAACAAAGGAAGUUGAUAUUCCCCCAGCAUUACGGAAAUUCAUUGAAGAUCAUGCUUCUAGUAUUCUAAAUGAUGAAUACUUCACCAGUCUAAUGAAAACAUCAGCCGAUAACCUUCGCUCCCUUCUUGGGAAGUCAUCCUAAUGUUAAUGUUGUUAUACUUUUUUAGCUACCGAUAUGAAUAAUUAACUAUACUGCGCUAGCAGCAAGUUACUCAUGAACUGUUUUAACAAUUCACAUCAGUAAGAAACAAGAACUGGUUCACAAAUAAAAUAGCUUGCUUUCUAGUAUUAUUUAUUCAUGAGUAUCGUACUUUUACCCACCAACAUUCUAUUGAGACGGUA